CUUCACUUAAUAGAUCUAGUUUUUUUUUUUUCCCUCUCUUGUUUAAUUUUCUAAAUUCAAUGAUUUAUUAAUGGUCAUUUAAUUUGAAGCAGGUUCUUGGAGAUUAGCAAAGGAAUCAAAGGAGUUUAUAUCUGUGAGAGAGAUGGAGUUAGAGCAAUCUAAUGGCGUUAAGGAUCAUACUGCAAAGUACUUUUUGCUGAAAGAUGAAGAUGAUUUAAAGUAUGGAAUGUUUGCCAAGCCCCUUCCUUGCUUUGGCUGUGGAAUUGGAUGGUUUUCAUUUUUAUCAGGGUUUGCAUGUCCAUUAAUGUGGUACUAUGCUACAAUUCUAUACUUCACAAGGCACAAAGAUCCAAGAGAAAGAGGAGGUCUUGCUGCUUCUGCAAUAGCUGCUUUGAUAUGUACAGUUGCAGCCUUGGUCUCAUUUUUUAUUCUUCUGUAAAAGAGUUCUUGUACUACUAUCCAUUUGACUAUCUCUUGCUAAAUUUCAUUGUAAAAAACCUCUGCAGCAAAUGCUUGAGGUUAUACAAGUUCAUUAUCAUUACAAAUUACUUUUGACAAUAAAUACACAGCACUGUUAUAGUAUU